UGAGUCAGCAAUUAAAAAUUUCAUUUUCACAGAAGCAGUUGUAUACUUUAUUUGUCUACUAUGGUAAAUAAGGGUACUGGGAAAACGGAGGCGAGAAACCUAAACCACUGCACAUUACUAUAGACUUCAGGUAGGUAACCCAGCCUGGCCUUGCUCUUGGACUGCAGAGCUGAGGACUGAGCUCCUGGUCCUCUGCUUCCCAAGUGCUGAAACUGGGGACAUGUACAUCUCGCCCAAUUCCUUGGCAGACCUUUAAAAUCUCGUAACAUAUUGUCAACAUCUUUGCACAUGAGAAUUAUUCACCCGUAGCACUGUUUUCAGUGGCUGCGUGACAUAUGGAUGUUCUCCCAAAUGAUCUCGGUUUCAUGGUGAGUGGAAUUCUGAAGAGUUCUAUCAAUACUUUCCAGACAGAUAACCAGGGAGGCCUGAUUUUGAGGAUGCCUGUAGAGCUGUAUGUCCAGCAGGAAAUGAGAGCCUCCCUUCUGUGGCAACACCGGAAUAUCUGGGCAUUAUUGCUGCGGCCCAACCUCAGACUUGCCAAGCAAACAAAAGAAGUUCCGGGAACAGAGCGGCGGACUCACAGCCUACAAACUCGUCGGAAGUCCUGCCCCCGUGUCUGACCUCUGACACCAGGCACCGGUCUCCGGGCGGAAAUACCGCCCUAUAGGCGGAUGCGCGCAUGCGCAUACGCCGGCGCCUGCCAAGUCUUAUUUCAGGAAUGUGUUUCUGGUGUUCUGAAUUUCAGCCAUGUUGUCAAACUGCUUGCAAAAGUUUCUAAAAGGCACACGCUCCCAUCCAUUUCCAGCGUCCUGCUGUUGGUUAAUAGGCAAACGCAAGUUUUCUGGAACUAUGCCAGCAGCCAUGUUGCGCAGGCGAGUUGUCAUCACCGGCAUUGGACUGGUGACACCACUUGGAGUUGGGACUCAAGUAGUUUGGGAUCGGCUUCUCCGAGGAGAAAGUGGAAUUGUUUCUGUAGUUGGUAAUGAGUACAAGAGUAUUCCUUGCAGUGUAGCUGCUUAUGUGCCCAGAGGUUCUGAUAACGGUCAGUUUAAUGAACAAAACUUUGUGUCCAAAUCAGACGCCAAGUCCAUGUCGUCUCCCACCAUCAUGGCCAUCGGGGCGGCAGAGUUAGCCCUGAAAGACUCUGGCUGGCAUCCGAAGGUAGAAGCAGAUCAGGUGGCUACUGGUGUUGCCAUUGGCAUGGGCAUGGUUCCUCUUGAAGUUAUUUCCGAGACUGCUUUGAUGUUUCAGACCAAAGGCUAUAAUAAAGUCAGCCCAUUCUUUGUCCCUAAGAUUCUGGUUAAUAUGGCUGCAGGGCAGGUCAGCAUUCGUUAUAAACUGAAGGGCCCUAAUCACACAGUGUCCACAGCCUGCACGACCGGUGCACACGCUGUGGGAGACUCCUUCAGAUUUAUAGCCCACGGUGAUGCGGAUGUCAUGGUAGCUGGAGGCACAGAUUCUUGCAUUAGUCCAUUAUCUCUUGCUGGGUUUUCCAGAGCCCGGGCUCUGAGCACAAACCCAGAUCCUAAACUGGCUUGCCGCCCAUUUCAUCCAAAGAGAGAUGGUUUUGUCAUGGGUGAAGGUGCCGCUGUGUUGGUGUUGGAAGAGCAUGAGCAUGCUAUUCGGAGAGGAGCCCGGAUCUACGCAGAAGUUUUGGGUUAUGGACUCUCAGGUGAUGCUGAUCACAUAACUGCCCCUGAUCCUGAAGGAGAAGGUGCCUUAAGAUGUAUGGCUGCUGCUAUAAAAGACGCACGUGUAUUACCCGAACAGAUAUCUUAUGUCAACGCACACGCCACCUCCACACCUCUGGGUGAUGCCGCUGAGAACAGAGCCAUCAAGAGGCUCUUUAAAGACCAUGCCUGUGCCCUUGCUGUGUCCUCCACAAAGGGAGCCACUGGGCACCUGCUGGGGGCAGCAGGGGCAGUUGAGGCAGCUUUUACCGCACUGGCUUGCUACCAUCAAAAACUACCACCAACUUUAAACCUGGACUGUAUAGAGCCAGAAUUUGAUCUCAAUUACGUCCCACUGGAAGCACAGGAAUGGAAAACUGAGGGUCGAUGUAUUGGACUCACCAAUUCCUUUGGGUUUGGUGGUACUAAUGCAACACUCUGUAUUGCUGGCAUGUAAACAUUGGCUUUUAAUUGUCGUAACUGUGAUUCAUGUCUUAAAUCAAUACCUAGAUGUUUUUAGCACAA